AUGGACUGGAUCACCAUGGGCAUUGGACUUCCUUUGACUCUAACAGUGAUAGUUGCAAUUUUUCUUCAGGUGAAAAAGGAUCAGGGUGCCCCGGUCUACGUCAUCAACCUUCUCUUUUCUGAUCUCAUUCAGUUCUGUGCAAGAAUUACAGGUUUAUUUAGGCCUCGUAUUGCCAGUGGUAUCAUCGAUUUUGGUUUAAUGGCCAGUGUUGGAUUCAUGGUCUGUAUCUCAUUAGAAAGGUAUUUGGUCAUCGCCAAGCCACUGUGGUACAGAUUCAGGAGAAACAUCAAGACAUACGUGGUGGUCUGUGUUGUGGUCUGGACUCUUCCACUGUCAGUGCUGCUAACUGUGUAUCUAACUAGAGAAUAUGAUACUGCUAAGAUUUUUUAUCAAACCAUCGUACCUAGUUUAGCCCUUCUGCCCUUUCCCCUCUUCAUCUUCUUCUUGGUAGGGACUAUUAAAGCUCUGUCUGCAGCCCUCAGUGUCCCAGCAGAAGAAAAAAGACGAAUCGUAGCCAUUCAGGUUGUGGUGCUGCUAAUUUACUCUCUGCUUUUCCUGCCCAUCAUUAGUAAGCUCCUGUCAAAGGAAUUUAAAUUAAUUCAUUAUCUUCUGUUCUUAGCUGGUAUUUAUCUUAGUCCCCUUGCAGACCCAACUCUGUAUUUGUUAACUCGGAAAAGCUUCCUGGAUACGUUUCUGGCUUCACUCUGUUCUUGUAAAGCAUCAGACAAUCAGGAGAUGAGCAGCAAGGAUACUGAAAGCACGACUGCUCCACAUACUGAGACUGUUUAGGGUUUAAUAUCUGGAGCCUCCACAACAAUCUACUGUAGCUGCUUUUUUUCCUGAAAAACAAUGUGCUUCAUAAUAAUAAUAACUAGUAAAAGCUGUUCCUAGGUAACAGUGAUUGAGAACGCUAAUCUGCAGAAUGAUUUGAG